UCUCUUUCUUGGAAUAUCGACUGAGUUAUCUGACCCCCAAGAAGCCCUUUCUCGGCUGUUCACACCCGACCUCAUCCCUACUCUUAUCUUCAAACUUCAAUAUUUCUCGUUGAAAUUAAGCUAAAAAAUGGUUUCUGCAACCACGCCUCUAGUCAAUCCAUUUAAAUGUUGUGUCUCUUCUGUCUCAAGAACAUCAUUCUUCCUUUCCUCCUAUUCCAAAAGCCCAUUAAUCAGAUUAUCGACUUCUUCCACAUGGGGUUCUCUUAAAUCCAAGAUUUUGCCAUAUAGGGUUGUCCCACUUGCAAAUACCUCGGACUGGGCUCAACAAGAGGAAGAGAAAGAAAAUGAGAAAGAUGUGUUGGAGUGGGAAGCUGCUGGGGAUAUAGAGGCUAGUGGCGCUGGUUCGUUUUCGUGGGAAGGUGAAAGGGGGCAAGAGGAGAAUGCGGAUGGUGGAAUUGUGGAGGAGGUUGAGAGUGAAGAUACAUAUUCUGAGCCGCCUGAGGAGGCUAAGCUUUUUGUUGGAAAUUUGCCUUAUGAUGUUGACAGUGAAAAAUUGGCUCAGCAUUUUGAACAAGCAGGAGUUGUGGAAAUUGCAGAGGUAAUUUAUAAUAGAGAAACAGAUCAAAGUCGGGGGUUUGGAUUUGUGACAAUGAGUACAGUGGAAGAAGCUGAGAAGGCUGUGGAGAUGUUCAAUCGUUAUGAUAUAAAUGGAAGGCUUUUAACUGUAAAUAAGGCUGCUCCAAGAGGUUCACGACCAGAAAGGACUCCCAGAGAGUUCGAGCCUUCCUUCAGAGUUUAUGUUGGUAAUCUACCAUGGCAAGUGGAUAGUGCACGACUGGAGCAGCUAUUCAGCGAGCAUGGCAAAGUGGUUGAUGCGAAGGUAGUAUAUGAUCGGGAGAGUGGCCGCUCACGUGGAUUUGGUUUCGUGACAAUGUCGAGUGAGACUGAAUUGAACGACGCUAUAGCUGCCCUUGAUGGACAGAAUUUGGACGGAAGGGCGAUUCGAGUGAGUGUUGCUGAGGAAAGACCAAGGCGGAGCUUCUUUUGAAUCAACUUAUUUCUACUGCAAUUGUUGCAUUAUUCCAUUUUUAGACAGAAAAAAUUUUGUGUCGUCUUUGCUUACAAUUCUGGUUUUGUAUGUUUGCAAUUUCUCUAUUUUCUUCCACACCCACAAGGUUUGUCCUGCUUAUUCCAAUUGCAAUGUCCACAAAACUGAAUGGUAUGUAAGUGGAGAAAAUUGCCCGUGUUUGAUUACUAUUAUUUGGGAACUAGUGAUUUUUAGGAGAA